AUGAGCUUCGGAUGUGCCCGAUGUGAUGAAAGUGUUGGAUAUUCCGUUAAGUGUGAGAAACCUUACGGAUUGUUGGAUGUGGACUCGAAGAUCGAAAAGGGCGAUACACCGUUCGUUCGGUUAUGGUUUGUUACGCGGACGGAAUCGGGCUCCUCAUCAACAACGGGAUAUUAUCCCUACCGGUACGCAUUAUUCCAAAAACGAAUUAUAAAUGAUGCCUCCCGCCCAAUUUGUGGGAAUGAUGUAGAAUCUACUCGCAUGUCUUAG